UAUGGAAGAUCAAUUAGAACUAACUUCUUAAUGGGGUUUCUAUGAAAUGUGUACUAAAAAGAAUAAUAAGUUGCCAUGUCUUAUACCAUAGACCAUCAUCUUUGAUAAACUUAUGCCAAAGGUAUGGUUGUUCAAUCCCAAAAAUACUCAAGUGGUCAUGAAAAAGAAUUCUGAUAAACUCUCAAACCUCGAAAUUGCCAAAGCUUUACUUGGUAUAAAAUUCCCAAAGGACAUUAAGAUAGACACUUUGAGUUAAUUGGUUGAUUAAGCAAAGUAGUGUCCUCAAUUCAAAGAGGUACUAUUUUCUUUUAUAAUAUUGAAAGGAAUAUCCAAUAGCAUUUUUGUAGAUGAAAAGAAAUGAGGGCAUACCUAUGAAUAGAUAAGAGUUAUUGCAAUUUUUUGUUGAAGGCAAAGAUCUCUCCUCUUUGGCAUACAUGCAAUAGUACAUUGAAAAUCAAAGUAGCUAGAUUAAUAGUUUGCAGAUGAAGUUUACUAUGUUGAGUACCAUUAUGAUGUUGAUUUCAUUCCAAUCACUUUCAAGUUUUUCAAGAAGACUCUUACAAUCAAAAGAAUUAACAAAAGUACAACUGCUAAAUCCAGUAAUCCUUUCUAAACACUCUUGAUGCCUGUCCAAAGUAGUGGUUAAAUUCCAGUCAGACAAUAGGAUGUUUAGAAAGUAUAAACCAUGUUCAAAUAUUGUAAUUCUACACUAAAUUAACGUUUUUAAGAAGUAUAUAUUUAUUUUUCUACUUCUAAAAGGAGACAAAAAAAAUAGCAUUCUAUAUUGAAAAAGUAUUCAAAGUAAAAAUACGUAAAUUUACUCCAAAAUUCAUUGUUGAUUAUAGAGAACAAAUCUAUUUUGCUGGUAUUAAACAAAUCUCUAUUUAAAUACAUAAUGGAGGUACAUUUUAAAUUUUAUAUGUAGCACCAUAUCAAAAGGGUUUAAGAGAGGAAAUUGCUAGUAAUGGUUAAUUUGAUAAUUUCAUGAUGGCAUGUAAAUAAUUUAGAUUGGAUAAGAAUGCUAACAAUUAAUUCAAAAAAUAUCCAAAUUAAAUUGUAGAAGAAGAUAAGAAAUUAAGUAAAACUCUAUAUAAACAUUUAAUACUUGAAAGAUGUUAAGGGGAUUUUUGCAAUUAUAAAUUAAUAGAAAAAAACAAGUAUUUCUACUAUCUUUAUUUUAAAGAGGACCUUUACAAUUAAGGAAAGGUCUAUUAGAAACAUAUAAGAAUGUAUUUAAAGAGUCCAAAUAAACAGUUAGUAAUAUGAGUACUAAUUUACCUUAUGAAAUUUCAUUGUAAUUAAUAGUACGUACAAGAGAUGAUCAUAAAGAAGUGAUAGAACUUUUUAAAAAAUAUAAAAUUCAUUUAGAAAAUUAUAAUCCAGAAGAACAUCCAGAAAUUAAAGAUGAAUAACAACAUCCAUUUAGUAAAGAAAAUUCAGAUGUACAAGCAUUAAUUAAUUUAUAUAAAUCAGUUAAAAUUUGUAAGAAUUGUUUUAUAAUCUAUUCAAUGAUAUAGAGACAUUUUGAAUCUUAACUUAAAAAAGAUAUUAAAAAUGGAGUUUAAUUUAUAAAUGAAAAAAAAACACCAUCAUUAUAAAUAGAUGAAGAAGCUGAAAGACGUAGAAAAAGAGAAGAAAAUAUUAUAAAAAGAUAGGAAAAAUUAUAAAUGAAACCAUCUACAUCAACUAAAUCUUUUAGAAUAUUUAGAGCUCCAACUUAAAAAAGAAAUUUUCUUAUUACUUCUAUACCUGAAAGUAGAACAUCAAAAACAGCAUCACCUCAAAAAUUUAGAGAUGUUAGCAAAUAAAUUGAAAUAAAUAGAUUAACAUUGGGUUAUUUGAAUUAUUAAAAAUUGGAAUAAUUUUAAAAACCAAGUUAAAUGGAAUAAUCUUAAGAGUUUAAAAAUGAAUCUUAUAAUUUAAUAUAUCUCCUUGCAGAAUAGAAAGCACCUAAUGUUAGAAGAAUAGAUACAAAUUAAUAGGAAAAUAAAGAAUUACAAGGAAGAGCAGAAGAGAUAAAGAAAAUGUUAGCCAAGACUUCUAAAAAGGAGUAGGAAUGUAGAGCUAUAUAAAAAGAAUAUUAUAAUGAAAAGAUAUAGGAAAAUGUUUAAUAAAUCUUACUUUCAACUUCAUCUCAUUAUUAUUAUCAUGUUAAUUUUGAUAUCAUAAGAAAAUUGUAUCAAUUCUAAUUAAGUACUCCAAUGUAAGCAUUAUCAUAUGAUUUGAAAUAUGAUCAAUUAAGAGCAUUAUAAAUAGAAGAAGUAUGUGAGAUGAUGAAUUAUCCACCUCCUUGUUUUGAUAUUACAUAAUUAGAGUAUUUAGUAGUUGAUUCUCAGACUGCAGUUCCAUAUGCUUUAUUUGAGAGUAAUAUAACUAAGAAGAAAGAAAAGAGUUCUCAAUCAGGAAUAGAUUUAAUAAUCAUACUCCAUGAUAUGUUUGAAUCCUUUUUUGAGUAUUUAAUAUCAAUUAAAUUUUAGAUAUUAUCCAAUCAUAGUGGAUUUAAUCAAUGAUGCCUAAAAUAAAAAGAUACUUCUCUUAAACACUCCUGGAUAAGCCUAUACAUUAUUCAAUAAGAAAUAAGCAUAUACAAAUAUCUAUAUAGCAGGCAUCUUAGAUUAAAUACUAUAUGAAUUAUCUAUAAAAGGUAAAAUUGAUUUAUAAACUGAUACAUUAAAAAUUUUAGGAGUAGGUUCUGGAGGAUUUCAUGCAUAAGCAUUUAGUAAACAAUUUUAUAAAUUUAAUUUAGUUGUACAAUGUCAAAAUACAAUUUAAUUCAGUUAGAUUACUUUUGUAAAUUCAUACACAUCUAUUUAUCCUUAAUUAAGAAGUUUCUUUGCUUAAUCGAUUAAAAUCUUUGAAUCUCAACCUGCUGAUAUGCCAGAACUUGCUUUUGAAUAUACAAAUACAAUAAUGAAUACUUAACCAAUUUCUGAAGAUUUACUUUCUUGUGUUUUACAAUAGAAUCCAAUAAAUCAAUAAGGCAGAUAAAUUAUUUUAGAAGGUAUAUUACAUUCAAAAUAUAAAGGUUUAUUGUAAAGUCCUUCAUUUAUGGAAAGAUUCCAAAAACUCAUACUUAGUGUCUAAGUAUACCAUUCCUUAAAGAAUUGUUUAGUCAAUAUUUCUGAGGCUGAUUUAUUACAAACAUUCAUAUAAGAUGAGACUUUGGAUGUGAAUAAUGUAGCAUUAUCAAAGAAGAUACAAAUGAAUAAACGUACAAUCUAAUACAUUGAGGGUGGACAUUCUGUAUUAUAUGAAAAUAAGGAUUAAUUGGUGUAAAUUUUAAACAGAUUAGCAUGA